UGCUCAUGUCUUCUUGUUGAGAAGGCUGGCAGACCACUGUUUUCUUUGUAAGACAACUCAUUUUGGUGACAAGCAGUCGUUUAAUCAAGAAUCUGAAAACAGAGCAUGGAGUCAAUCAGUGAAGCUGGCCCUUUAUGGGAGAUUCAGGACAGACAAAAGGAAAUAUUUCACAUUGCACACAGAAAGUUAAAUGAUGGAAUUCAGUACCAUGAGAUGUGGCAAGGGCCACUAACAGACAGUUUCUCCCUGGAGAACAGCCCAUCAGAUGGGAAACAGCGCCACCUAGUGUCAGCACGCAGGAAUCGUAUGUUUGUUGAAAUGACUACCCAAGGGACUUCUGCAGAAGGCCCUAGCAGUCACAUCGCUGAGCUGGACAUAUCUUCCUACUCUCAUCCGAAUGUUGAUUUUUCCAUGCUGGCAGAAGAAAUGGAAAACGAAUACCAGGAAAUCCGCAGGCAGCUGCAAAGAGGGUUUAAUUCCACAAUGAGAAAUGAAGCCAAAAGAUUAAAAACCUUCCUGUUCCAGCCUGGCAAUUCUAGGUCAGCAUGGGCUCCCCAAGAGAUGGCAGCAGGUGGCUUCUAUCACACUGGCGUGAAGACGGCCAUACAGUGCUAUUGCUGUGGGUUAGUUUUGCUCGCAAGAAAAAUGAGCAUAUCUCCUUACACAGAACACAAGAGACAUUGGCCUGUGUGUGAAUUUAUUUUAGGGAAAGAGGUUGGUAACAUCUCCAAGUAUGAGGUUCGAGUUCAGAAUCUGGGGGAAGACCUCACAGAUAUCAAAAUGAGGUUUAAAGAUGUAAAAGUGAGGCUUGAAUCGUUUGCUUGCUGGCCAUUCUACGCCCCAGAGACACAGCCUGCUCUACUAGCUAAUGCUGGAUUUUUCUUCAUAGGUAUAAAAGACACAGUUCAGUGCUUUGCCUGCAGUGGAUGUUUGGGAAAUUGGGAAGAAGGCGAUGAUCCUUGGAAAGAACAUGCAAAAGUAUGUGAGUUUCUUCAAAAGGAGAAGUCCAAAGAUGAAAUUAAAGAGUAUAUUCAAAGUUAUUGUGGAUUUGUUGGCGUUACGGGAAAGCAGUUUGCAACCUCCUACCAGAAGAUACUGCCUUCUAAUACAGGGGAUUCAGAACCGGGGAUUUUGAACAUCUAUGAGGAUGAAGAUAUCCGGCUGGAUUCUUUUAAAACUUGGCCACAAGAUGCACAUGCUGAUGCCACUACUCUGGCCAAAGCAGGAUAUUUCUAUACAGGGAAGAAGGACAUUGUGCAGUGCUUUUCGUGUGCUGGACGUCUAACAAACUGGAAAGAAACUGACGAUCCUUGGAAAGAGCAUGCUAAAUUUUCCCCUCAUUGUAAGCUAUCAGAUGCAGGCAGGAAAACAUCAGUGGAGAAUCCUCAAAGACAAGCAGAGACUGAGGCUUGGCUACAAACCCAGCUAAUGGACUGCAGUUUGAAAGAGAGAGAAGCUCCCCAUUAUGCAAUGACUAAUAAGGCCUUUGAGGAGCAUGAGUGGCUUCAAGGACAGCUGUCCGGGACAUACAGCGACAUCAAUUUCAGGAAAAUGUUUUCAUUUGGGGACUCUACCCAUUUUGCUAUUGAUUUGAAAUUGCUCUAUGGGGAUCUAGCCAUUGUCUCCAAGGACAUCAAUAACCUGCCACUGCAGAAGCUCACGCUGCCUGAGGUCCUUGAGAGCUUCCAUUCCAUUACAGUUGUAGAAGGGGAAGCAGGCAGCGGAAAGACAGCGCUGCUGCGGAAGAUAGCUAUUCUUUGGGCAUCUGGGUGCUGUCCCAUACUCAGCAGAUUCAAAUUUGUUUUUUAUCUGCCCUUGAAUUCUAGGAGACGUGAUCAGAGCUUGGCUGACCUAAUUUGUAAUCAGGUGGUAGGGCUUAAGGGGUUAUUGACCGAAGAUUCCCUGAAGAACGUAUGCCAACAAUUAGAAAACCAGGCCCUGUUCCUUUUGGAUGAUUAUGAUGAAAUGACUGCAGUUCCCCGGGUCAUUGAAGACCUGAUUCAAAAGAACUACCUGAAUAAACACUGUUUGGUUAUUGCAGUCCGUACCAACAGGAUUGGGAAAAUCCGCCACUAUGCCAACAUAAUUCUUAGCAUUGCAGAGUUUCCACUGAGUAGCACCCUCUAUCUGUUAAAGAAGCUAUUUUCACAUGACACUGCCUUUUUAGAAGAGUUUUACAUUCAGAUGGCCAUGGAAGAACCAAUACAGUCCAUCUUCAAGACUCCCCUUUUUGCUGUGGCUGUUGCGGCGUAUUGGGCUCAAUAUCCUGCUGGUGAUACGCUCAUACAUCUUGUCAUUUUAAAAGCCUACCUGCUAUACAACUCACUGAAAUAUCCACAGGAGAGUGAACGUUUAAAGACCACAGUGUCCACUUGUGGUGAACUUGCCUUAAGAGGUCUCUUCAAAUCCAACUUUGAAUUCAGUGAAGAGGACCUCUCAGAAGUUGCAGUUAAUGGAGAUGAUGCUCUCUGGUUUGGUCUGCUGAGCAAGUUCACUGCCCAAAGACUCCGGCCACUCUACACAUUCUUCCACCUUUCAUUCCAAGAAUUUCUUGCAGGUCUAAGGAUGAGUGAGCUCCUGAGUUCAGAUGUACAAGCAGAUGUGGAGAGAGGACUGCAAUACAUGCAGCAAAUCAACACAUUUGUGAAAAUCAGUGGACGCUACCAGUAUAUCUUGAUAUAUGCUUGUAGUGAACCUUCUAAAGCAGUGCCCCAAAUAAUUUCCCACUUACUCAAUUUACUCAGUUGCAAGGCGUCAUUUGAAAGCCAGUUGGAAAAUGAUACUUACCUACAGCAAACACCAAAACUUCAGCUAAUGCAACAGCAAGCUCUCUUUCUCUCUUUCGGAUUGCUGCCAGAGAUGUAUCAUAUAAAAUUCACUGAAGCUGUACUGACACUCACAACUAAGCUAGCUUAUCAAAGCCAUAUGGUUCCUGCAUGUGUCCCUAUACUAUCACAGUUCCUUACUGGGAAAGAAUUUUCUUUAGAUCUAUUUGCUUCCAAAAGUGACUUCAUAAGUCGCUUCUUUCUCGAUUAUCCAGAAAGUUUGUUCUUGCCCAGCAGAUUUGAGGUAUGUUUCCUUGGCCAAGAGAAAAAUACUGAUAUGUCUCUACUUGAAAGUUGUUAUUCCCAUCUGGGGGUUCCGGUUGUUGACCAGGAAUAUGCUCCUGCUUUUACACUCCUCAGUAAUGUUACCCAGCAGCUUAAAGAAGACAUAGAUUUCAAGAAUAGUUUUAGGACACUUUUCCCAAGGCAGCUUCCAGAUUCCAAAAUAUCUCCAUUUGUCCAUAUAGAGGGUCAUGAAAAGAUCCCAUAUUUGAAAUUUGAUGCCAGUUAUGUACAUUUGUUUCAGGAUCUUGACCUUCAGAAUUUAGUAGUUCUCUUCUCAGUUUUUGAUCGUAUUGAACUCAGGCUCAAAAAUUGCAAAGGUCUGAUUGAAAGUAUCAAACCAGCUAUUGAACAGAACUUGGACUCUUUUAGAAUUUGCAGCAUACACGAUACUGACUUGAAUGUCAUAGAAGAGAACCUGCUCCUUUCAAUGGCUUCACUUGAAUCCCUUGAAAUUAAGGGGAAGACAUCAAUACCAGAAACUCUCCUUGUAAAUUUGGACAAAUACACAUUCUUGAAGGAACUGUCACUGGAUCUACCUGACCAUCAAAAUGUAUUUGAUAUAAUCCCAGAAGACUUCAAAAAUCUUCAUAACAUGGAAAAAUUGCUAAUCUACAAUGUUCAGUUUAAAAACAAUUCUCCCAGACUAGUUGAAUUUGUACGGAGGUUUCAAAACCUUUCUGUUUUUCAUCUGAAAAAUUCGGACUUUUCUGAUGUGGGGGCUCUUCUGGGUGCAAUGUCUUCUUGCAAGAUGCUCACCGAUAUACAGUUCACUGGAUUGCAUUUUAGAGAUGCAGAUCUGAUCUCCCUUGUUGCUGCUUUAUCAAAUUUUACUGCACUUAGGGUACUGAAUCUGACAAGAUUAAAUUUCAUCAACAAGGAAGCCUGUAUAGCAUUAGCAGCAGCUGUGGGCUCUCUUGUGAAUUUGGAGGAGAUUGUUCUACCUAUUGGAGAAGGAAUAAGCCACAUGGCUAAACUGAUUGUUCAGCAGUGCCUCCGUUUUCCAAUUCUCCAAAGGUUGCAGUUUAGUGAGUGUUUAAGUGAUGAAGGUCUGCUGGAGAUAGCAAACGUAGCAGCUGAAGGUGGUUUCCAAAAGCUUGAAUUCCUAUGCCUCUCAGUAAACCACAACAUUACAGAAAAUAGUUGGAGAAAUUUCUUCCAAACAUUGACCAAUAUGCCAAACUUACACUAUGUGGACUUCAGUCGCCUUUUCACACACCAAAUCAAAUGCCAGGCAGCAACUGUGAAGUCUUUUACUCAGUGCGUCUCCAGGUUACACAACCUCAAGACAAUUAGUAUGUUAGGAUGGCUGUUCGAUGAGGAGGACCUCAAAAUGUUUAAUGUCAUGAAGGAGCAACAUCCCCAGUCAAAAGAAUUAAGUUUAACCUGGAAAUGGAUCUUGCCUGUUGCACCAAUUGUAAACGAAUAGAGAAGAAAUGGGUCUAACUGUGUAAACACUGAUACAUAAAUCAGCAAAGAGUAAUUGUGAAUUUAUUUUUAAUGGAAGAGGCAGGUAAAUAGAAUUGUAACUCUUUAGGUAUAACUAAGAAUUGGGCUUUUGUGUUUAGAAAUGGUAUACCUCUGGUAACAAGUUGCUGAACAAGAGGAGCAUUAUUUUGAGGGGCAUUCUGACAAAAAAAAAAUAGGUGACAGUGGGAGCCUCCAUUUCUCCCUAUGAUUCUAUAUAGUGUACUGGGAAAUUUAGGUGGGAAAACAGUAGCAACUUUCAGCAUUCCCAAUUUUAUUUAUUAAUUACAUUUAUAUUGCACCCUUCCUCCCAGAAGGAACCUAGGGCGGCAAACAGACAAAUUUCCACUGCCUCCUAUUUUAGCCCCUCCCCCAACAUUGGGCUAAAGAAUUGUCAGCAAGGCACUAACCCUGAUUCUGUAGCUUGAAAAAAAUGACUCUAGGUUUCCAUAUCUGCAUUUGGCCUUCAGGAAGGGAAGUAAAAGUUUGUACAUCCAUCAGAAUGGUAGUAACUCCCAGCUCAAUGUUGUCAAAAGAAAAUGGGGAAUCUGUACAUAAGCUGAACCUUGCAACUUGCCCUCACUUUCUCUCAAGUCCUCAGUCAACAUAAAUAGGUCUUCAGAUGCAAGCGAGGAGGGGCACUCCAAUUUUUAUGCACAAUUUUUAGUGCAGUAUCAGCAUAUAUUUAUAAAGUGCCCUAGCACAAAAUAACAGUGUUCACCUAGCAUGACAGGAAUCAAGUGUACCAAUUUCAUUUCAUGUAAAAAAAGAAAAUCACAUUUUGUUUAACACAGUUUAUUCUGAAACUACCUAUACAAAUAAGGAGAAUAUACAAUUUAAAAUAAAAAAGCCAACACAAAGAAAAGCAGAGUAGGCAGGAAAAUAAAAAAGGGACUUUCAGAAUUGUAAAAAUAAUUAGUAGCAAAUGCCUCAUAUAAUGUCCAUUUACGAUGAUCUGUUGUAGCUGGUACUUUGCCAUAUUUUACUGUGCUAAAGCUACUGGAUCUCUGAAAGAAAAAUUUAACCAAUGAGAAAUCUUGUACAGCACUAGGUAUAGUUCACCUUUUCAUUCUUUACAAACCUCUUCAAAACUUGCUGUAUAUGGAAAAUUCUUAAUUUUAGCUCUUACUUACUAAGAACAGAAUAUCCCGUUUAUUCAUUUGGC